CUGAACACAAUGAAGAUCAGCGGCAGCACAUUCAUCGUCACGGGCGGCCUCGGCGGGCUGGGCAGCGAGUGCGUGCGCAUGCUCCUCGAGCAGGGCGCCUGCGUCGGCGUCAUUGACAUUGUCGAGCAGGGCGAAGGCAGCGCGAGGCUGGCCAAGGCACUGCAGAGCGACGACGAGCGCAGGAGGAUCGUCUAUGCGCAGGCGAGCAUCAGCGACCGAUCUAGCGCGGAAAGGGCCGUGGCCGACAUCGUUGCCAAGCUCGGCAAUCUGAGAGGACUGGUGCACUGCGCCGGCGUUGCCCUGAGGCAAGAGUUCAGCAACAAGAUGGCAGACGCCGUCGACCAGUUCCGCAAGACGCUCGAGGUCAACGCAGUGGGCACCUUCUGCAUCGGCGCCGUUGUGGCCGAUGCCAUCAAUGCGCAAACAGAAAAGGAGCUCGGACUCUCGGCCCAGGCGCCCAGCCGGUUCUGGACCACCGACCAGGAGCGCGGCGUCAUUGUCAACUUUGCCUCUGUCGUCGGCCACGAGCCCUCGGCGCGCAUCCUCGGCUACGGGCCCAGCAAGACGUGCGUGCUGGGCCUCACCAAGAGCUUUGCCGACUUUCUCGCGCCCAGCGGCAUCCGCGUCAACAGCGUCAGCCCGGGCAUCGUGGCGACGCCCAUGAACACCGGCAAGGCGCUCGAGUUCUUCAACAAGGACCUCCUGGCCAACGGUGUCUUUCCCAAGAGGGCCUCGGAGCCGGCGCACGUCUCGUCGGCGGUGCGCUUCCUCAUCGAGAAUGAGUUUGUCAAUGCAGAGGACGUCAAAGUCACGGGCGGCUGGCGCAUCGUCACCACGACGUUCCCGGGCCAGGGCGACCCGAGAGACUCGAUGCCAGGCCUGGAGUAGGAGUGGCUUCUCGACACACGUACCCUUGUCAUGGCUUCGAUGGUUUCGGCCGACGCGUACCCACCCACACACGACUACCGCAUGGUGCCGGACGUCGAUUAGACCGC